CAUGCUUAUAUUUGUGUAAAAUUCGUUGAAAUGAAAGUUGUAGCUGAGUUUCGGACUGGCGAUUUAGCUUACAAAAUGAUAGUGCAAUUUAAAUAGGCAGUUAUUCAAGGUCAUGAAAUGCUAUACUUUGUCUAAUGAUAACUAAUGGUGUUUUUUUUUUUCAAUCCAUGGGAGAUAACUCCUGAAGUUAUUUAAAUUGUAUGCUAUUAUGUCCCUUCACUUGUGUUGCAAAGAUGAUUAUUUUGGAAAGUUAAAUAAAUUGUUUCGAAGUUCUAGCAGUUUUAUAUAUACCAGAAGUUAUGAAAAAGUGCAAAAAUGAACGACAUAUCGAUCACCAGGCUUGUAGUAUAGAGGCUAAUCUUUGAUGAUCUAAAUACAAAAUCAAUAAGCUUGUUGUGCAGUUACGCGUUAUAAUUAUGAAAGGAAUAUUUUCAAUAUUAUUAUGUUUUAUUAUAGCAAGACUUUGUACUAGAUUAAUCAAACAAUAACAGAGAAAAUACCACCAGGAUUUUAUUUCUUACCACGAUAAAUUGAUAACACAUGUGCUUUUAAACUGGAUCAUUACUACGUACAGGCGACAUCUUCGCGAGUUACGAUCGAUGACGUGGAUUUCUUGUUCUGUUAUAAAAGUGUGUUUUAAAUGUGAUUAAAUACAAGCUCUGUUAGUAACUGUGGUUCUGUGACACGAAACAGAAACCAACUGGAUCAUAUCAUUUUAAAAAUCCUGAUAUUUCUUUAAUCAUGGAUCAUUCAGCACAUACACAUGAACACCAUAUGGACCAUCAUAAUCACGUGGACCAUCAAAAUCACGUGGAUCAUCAGGGUCAUACUGAUCACAUGGGGGAUAAGCACGUGUAUCACGUGGGAAACGAGCAUAUACAUGACCAUCAUUCGCACAGUGAACAUGGACACCAAGUAUUUUUCCAUUCUGGGCUGAAUGCAACAGUACUAUUUGAGAACUGGAUCUUAGAUACAAAAGGAAGUAUAUUCCUAGCAUGUUUGUGCACGUUUGUUCUGGCGAUAGGCUACCAGGGUACAAAAUGGUUCAGACAAUAUUUACAUGUUCACUACAAAGGAAAAAUUCACUCAAUAAAAAGCAAAGAGCACCUGUUGCAGACUGUUUUAUACGUGACAGAGUUCUUAGUGAGUUAUCUCCUCAUGCUCAUUGUAAUGACGUACAAUGCGUGGAUUUUUGUCGUCACCAUACUGGGUAUAGCACUAGGCUACUUCCUCCUAGCCUGGCAUAAAGAGUUCAAGCCAGUUCCUGUCUGUGCUGAAAAUUGUGAGAUUGUUGUGAACCAUAAAAAAUUGGAUCCUAAUUCAUCGUCACAAGAGUUAAUGCCCCUGGGGAAACAGUCAGGCGCGUGUAAUGGCUGCGAUAUUGAAAGUAUUGAUGAACUGGACGAGGAGGAUAUUUGAAAGUGUAGUUUACAAUGCAAGUGCUGGGAUUUUUGUAAAGUGCUUUUUUGUUUGAAGAUAAUUUAGCCUAGCCAUGAGAAAACCAACAUAGUAGCUUUGCGACCAGAAUGGACCCAGACCAGCCUGCGCAUCCGCGCAGUCUGGUCAGGAUCCAUGCUGUCUGUUCGCUAUUGGUUUCUCUCAUUGCAAUAGGCUUUGAAAGCGAACAGCAUAGAUCCUGACCAGACUGCGCGGAUGCGCAGGCUGGUCUGGAUCCAUGCUGGUCGCAAAGCCACUAUGUUGAUUUUCUCAUGGCGCGGCUCAUAUACAGACCUAGUCAUCAGCUACAAUAUCUGUGUUCAUUACGGUGUUCAUAAAUUUUGACAGUAAUAUAUUGUCCUAUCUGCAAAUUAUUAGAUUUACAAAAUAUACUUGUUCUAAGUAUAGGUUAGUGUUUAUUAAUGGGUAUUUACAAAGUUUAAUUAGUUACGAGCGGCGCAGCCGCGAGGCUGAUUAAGUUUUGUAAAUGUACAUUAAUAAUCACUAACAUACACUAAAGCAUCAGUUUCAAGUGUUGUGAAUAUUUUUUUAUUUGCUUAUAUUUUUCUAGUUUAUUUGCUGCUUUCUCUAUAAAUCUAAAGAUUGGAAGUAUUUUUUUUUAAUCAUCGUGUUUUUUUAUUUCUAAAGAGGUUUCAUCUCUGAUUGUAAUGUUCCUGCAUAGCCUUAGCAUUAAAAAUUUUUGCUUGCAUUUGCAUAAAAACAUUUUGCAACAAUAUGUUAAGUUUAAUUGACAUAUAACUGUCGGGAAGUACUUGUGUUACAGUAUUCAAGGUUAUAUUAGUAGAUAAUUUACUGACCUGACCCCAUGUCCCCAUAACAUUUUCAGCCUUAGCUAAGUUUUGAUAGCAAAUUUUACUAGAACUUCAAGAUUAAAUUCCAAACUGAAACUGAUCAUCAAUACUGAUUAGUCACUUGAAAAGUGUCAUUAAAUUAACAUACAAUGUUAAACAUGCAAUUUAGAUUUAAAUGAAAAAUAAAGUUUCUCUACCAAACUCAAAA